AACAACUGUCAGUCGAACCACGAACUAGAACUGCUAUAGCCACGCGCCCUCUAACGCAAGAUUUUUAUUUUUUUACGACUUUAAAUACAGCUAACUAAUGUCGUACACUAAAGUAAUACCAGGCCUAGUCAGGGCAAAUUCUGACAACAUCAAGAGAAUAUGCUUGUCUCAGGGGAGAUUUCGGUCCACGGUCGCAUCCAAGCAACGUAAGGAGGUUGAAGGAGGGAAAGAAGAGCAGCAACUUGUUGAGUGCACCGUGGUGAAAGCUGUUCAAGCAGACCUCAUCAGCCAAACAAAAAAUAACACCGAUGCUCAAACACGGAAGAUCGCAAUCGACUUUGAUAAUACACACGAAGCGUAUAAAAGUAAAGAUAACAUUGAGCUGCUUAGAAGUCUGUUGGUCUUCAAGCUUUGCACAUUCGACUUCCUCGUUGACAAGAACAAGGAGUUGAUGGACCUCAGCAAGAAAGUGUUUGGCAAGCGGCUGUUUGAGAGGCUGAUGAAGAUGACGUUCUACGGGCAGUUUGUAGCUGGGGAGGACCAUAACUCCAUCAAGCCUCUGAUCCAUAAGAACCAGGCCUUUGGCGUGGGGUCAGUCCUGGAUUACAGUGUGGAGGAGGACCUGACGCAAGAGGAGGCAGAGAAGAAGGAGAUGGACUCCUGUGUGUCUGAAGCUGAGAAAGAAAGUCCAGUGCCAGCUGGAGAACACUUUGUAAUGCAGGAACAUGACUACAGCGUUGACCACCGUGAGAAGAAGUACAAGGCCCACCGUCAGUUUGGGGACCGUCGUGGGGGCGUGGUCAGUGCCAGGACCUACUUCUAUGCUGACGAGGCCAAGUGUGACGCCCAGAUGGAGACCUUCCUGAACUGCAUCAAAGCGUCAGGGGGGGCCUCUGUAGAUGGAUUUUCUGCCGUUAAGAUGACUGCCCUAGGCCGCCCCCAGUUUCUGCUCCAGUUCUCAGAGGUGCUGGUGAAAUGGAGGAGGUUCUUCAACCUCCUAGCAGCACAGCAGGGGAAGUCUGGCAUGGAUGCACUGGAGCAGAAACUGGAACUGGAACAGCUGAAGGAGAGUUUGACUAAGCUGGGUGUUGGAAAUAAAGACGACAUUGAGAACUGGUUUACUGGAGAGAAACUGGGCUCAUCAGGAACAAUAGACCUCCUGGACUGGAAUAGCUUGAUCAACGACAGAACAAAGAUCUCAAACUUGCUCGUCAUUCCCAACGUUGAGAAUGGUCAGCUGGAGCCUCUGUUGAGGAAGUUCACUGUUGAAGAGGAGAAACAGAUGAAGAGGAUGCUGCAGAGAGUGGAUGUUCUGGCCAAGCAUGCAGUGGACAAUGGGGUGAGGCUGAUGGUGGACGCUGAGCAGACAUACUUUCAGCCGGCCAUCAGCAGACUGACCCUGGAGAUGCAGAGGAUCUUCAACAGAGAGAAGCCCAUCAUCUUUAAUACCUACCAGUGCUAUCUCAAGGAAGCGUAUGACAAUGUGUCUGUGGACGUGGAGCUGUCCCGGCGUGAGGGCUGGUACUUUGGGGCCAAGCUGGUUCGCGGCGCCUACAUGUACCAGGAGAGGAGCAGAGCGGAGGAAAUCGGUUAUGAGGACCCCAUCAACCCAGAUUACGAGGCCACCAAUAGAAUGUACCACAAGUGUUUAGAGUUUGUGUUGGAGGAGAUCGACCACAACAGAAAGGCUAACGUCAUGGUGGCGUCACACAACGAGGACACUGUCAAAUUCACCCUGGGAAAGAUGAACGAGAUGGGUCUGUCCCCCACUGAGAAAAAGGUCUAUUUUGGACAGCUGCUCGGCAUGUGUGACCAGAUAAGCUUCCCUCUAGGCCAGGCUGGAUUCCCAGUGUACAAGUACGUCCCCUACGGCCCAGUCAACGAGGUCAUCCCCUACCUGUCACGCCGUGCCCUGGAGAACAGGGGCUUCAUGAAGGGUUCCCAGAGGGAGCGCAGCCUGCUGUGGAAGGAGCUCAAACGCAGGCUGCUCAACGGACAGAUCCUCUACAAGCCUGUGUACUGACUGAGCUGACUGACUGGCACACCAGCACUCUGCCCCUUUUAAAACAUUCCAGUGUCUUAACUGAACCUACCCUGGUCACAAUGGAGGAACCCGAACUGCCACUUAAUUGGAAUUUUCACAUAGUCAUGCACUGAUGUCAAUGGGAGACUAAAGUGAAAAUUUGACUUCCAGUAAGUGGAAGUUAGGGCUUUAGAAUGUACUGUAGGUAGGUGUGUCUAGUACUGAGAUAUGAUCCUAAUGCAAGUGACCCUCUACCUUCCUUUUGCUCUAUUUAUUGCUGUUGAAAGUGUCCUUAUUAUAUACCAUGAUCCUUAUCCACUGCUUUUGUCAUGGUUUAGUGGCUUACAGUGGCUUGCGAAAGUAUUCACCCCCUUGGCAUUUUUCCUAUUUUGUUGCCUUAUAACCUGGAAUUAAAAUAUAUAUUUUUUUUUUGGGGGGGGGGGUUGUUGUAUCAUUUGAUUUACACAACAUGCCUACCACUUUGAAGAUGCAACAUUUUUUUUCUUGUGAAACAAACUAGAAAUGUAACCAAAAAUAAAAUAACUAUUCACCCCCCCCCCCCCCCCAAAGUCAAUACUUUUUAGAGCCACCUUUUGCAGCAAUUAGAGUUGGAAGUCUCUUGGGGUAUGUCUCUAUAAGAUUAUAAGCUUGCCACAUCUAGCCACUGGGAUUUUUGCCCAUUCUUCAAGGCAAAACUGCUCAAGCUCCUUCAAGUUGGAUGGGUUCCGCUGGUGUACAGCAAUCUUUAAGUUAUACCACAGGUUCUCAAUUGGCUUGAGGUCUGGGCUUUGACUAGGCCAUUCAUGACAUUUAAAUGUUUCCCUUUAAACCACUCAAGUGUUGCUUUAUCGGUAUGCUGAGGGUCAUUGGGGGCGGCAGGGUAGCCUAGUGGUUAGAGCGUUGGAUUAGUAACUAGAGCGUUGGACUAGUAAGAAGGUUGCAAGUUCAAACCCCUGAGCUGACAAGGUACAAAUCUGUCGUUCUGCCCCUGAACAGGCAGUUAACCCACUGUUCCUAGGCUGUCAUUGAAAAUAAGAAUUUGUUCUUAACUGACUUGCCUAGUUAAAUAAAGGUAAAAUAAAAACAAAUUGUCCUGCUGGAAGGUGAACCUCUGUCCCAGUCUCAAAUAUCUUGAAGACUGAAACGGGUUUCCCUUAAGAAUUUCCCUGUAUUUAGUGCCAUCCAUUCUUCAAUUCUGACCAGUUUCCCAUUCCUGCUGAUGGAGAAAAAAACACCACCACCAUGCUUCACUGUGGGGAUGGUGUUCUCAGGGCGAUGAGAGGUGUUGGGUUUGAUUCAGACAUAGCGUUUUCCUUGAUGACCAAAAAGCUCAAUUUUAGUCUCAUCUAUCCAGAGUAUCUUCUAUUUGUUUGGGGAGUCUCCCACAUGCCUUUUGGCGAACACCAAACCUGUUUUCUUAUUUUUUUCUUCAAGCAAUGGCUUUUCUGGACACUUCUCUAAAGCUCAGCUCCGUGGAGUGUACAGCUUAAAGUGGUCCUAUGGACAGAUACUCUAAUCUCAUCUUUGCAGCUCCUUCAGUGUUAUCUUUGGUCUCUUUGUUGCCUCUCUGAUUAAUGCCCUCCUUGCUUGGUCUGGGAGUUUUGGUGGGCGGCCCUCUCUUGGCAGGUUUGUUGUGGUGCCAUAUUCUUUCUUUUAUAAUGGAUUUAAUGGUGCUCCGUGGGAUGUUCAAAGUUUCGGAUAUCUUUUUAUAACCUAACUCUGAUCUGUACUUCUCCACGACUUUGUCCCUAACCUGUUUGGAGAGCUCCUUGGUCUUCAUGGUGCCGCUUGCUUGGUGGUGCACCUUGCUUAGUGGUGUUGCAGACUCUGGGGCCUUUCAAAAGAGGUGUAUAUAUACUGAGAUCAUGUGAAAGAUCAUGUGACACUUAGAUUGCACACAGGUGGACUUUAUUUAAAUAAUGUUACUUCUGAAGGUAAUUGGUUUCACCAGAUCUUAUUUCGGGCUUUAUAGCAAAGGGUGAAUACAUAUGCACAAACAAGUUUUUUCACGCUAUUUUGUGUAUGUCCAUUACAUGAAAUCCAAAUAAAAAUCCAUUUAGAUCACAGGUUGUAAUCCAACAAAAUAGGAAAAAUGCCUAGGGGGGUGAAUACUUUUGCAAGGCACUGUAUUCGGUGGUAUUUUUUAUGUAAAUAACUUAUUGAGUGGUUGUAUUAAACUGUAUUUGACUGCAAUUUA